CAUCUUAAAGAAACACACAGCCUCUCAUCAAGCGUCAAUAAUGUAAUAUGUUUUAUUGGAGUGGAUGCGGGGAGAUAAAGGUGUUAUUGUGAUAGGCUGGGGCGAACCAGAAUGACCCUGAUUCGCUGUUGUCUCUGAAGCCUUUCUUGCACGUACAAAGGGCGCAGCCGUGACUGUCAUUUGUGUGUUCUACCAGCUGCGACACACGGUGCUCGAUUGCUUUCGACUGUAGGGACCAUGGCCGAUACGUGGGAUAAUGUUACAAUUCCUGAGUUCAACUCCCUUCUUCAAAUGGAUCCUUACCUCAAACAGUACGAAAAGGACUUCAGGAGGAGGUAUGGGCUGUUUGAGAAGCGGCUGUUCCUCCUGGAGGAGGCUGAAGGAGGCUUUGAUCAGUUCACUAGGAGCUACAGGACCUUUGGAGUGAACCGCAUGCCUGACAACAGACUGGUGUUAAGGGAGUGGGCCCCAGCCGCAGAGGCCCUGUUCCUUACUGGAGACUUCAAUGGUUGGGACAACUUCUCUCACCCGUACCAGAGGAAAGAGUUUGGGAAAUGGGAACUGUGUCUGCCUCCCAAGCAUGACAAGACACCAGCCAUCGACCACAACACCAAACUCAAGGUGGUGGUCCACACUAAGAAAGGGGAGCGUCUGUACCGCAUUUCACCUUGGGCCAAGUACGCCACUCAGGCAGAGAAACAAGUGAUCUAUGACUGGGUCCACUGGGACCCUCCUCAACCUUAUCUACACAUCCACCCUCGCCCCAAGAAGCCCCAGAGUUUACGGAUCUACGAGUCCCACGUGGGCAUCGCCUCACCUGACCCUAAAGUCGCCUCCUACACCAACUUCACAAUCAAUGUCCUGCCUCGAAUAAAAGACCUGGGGUACAACUGUAUUCAGCUGAUGGCUAUCAUGGAGCAUGCGUACUAUGCCAGCUUUGGAUACCAAGUCACAAGCUUCUUCGCUGCAUCCAGUCGUUACGGGACACCAGAGGAGUUGAAGCAGCUGAUAGACACCGCCCACUCCCUGGAUAUCGUAGUCCUAUUGGACGUGGUCCAUAGCCACGCCUCCCAGAACACAGAGGACGGGCUGAACCGUUUUGACGGCUCCGACUCCUGCUUCUUCCACUCCCCUCCCCGCGGAGAACACGCUCUCUGGGGCAGCCGCCUCUUCAACUACUCCAGCUGGGAGGUCCUAAGGUUUCUGCUGUCUAACUUGCGUUGGUGGAUGGAGGAGUAUCGUUUUGAUGGCUUCAGGUUCGAUGGGGUGACGUCCAUGAUGUACCAUCAUCACGGUAUCGGCAAUGGAUUUUCUGGCGACUACUCAGAGUACUUUGGUCUUCAGGUGGAUGAGGACUCCCUGGUCUAUCUGAUGACAGCUAAUCAUGUCCUGCACACCCUGUAUCCAGACUGCAUCACCAUCGCAGAGGACGUCUCAGGGAUGCCAGCUCUCUGCCGAGCCGUAGCAGAGGGAGGGUUGGGCUUCGACUACCGUCUGGCCAUGGCCAUCCCAGAUAAAUGGAUCCAGAUUCUGAAGGAGUUAGCGGACGAGGACUGGGACAUGGGUAACAUUGUGUACACUCUGACGAACAGACGAUAUGGAGAGGACUGCAUUGCCUACGCAGAGAGCCACGACCAGUCUCUGGUAGGUGAUAAGUCCUUGGCAUUCUGGCUGAUGGAUAAAGAGAUGUACACCAACAUGAGUUCCCUGAUCCCCAUGACGCCCGUCAUCGACCGAGGCAUCCAGCUCCAUAAGAUGAUCCGCCUCCUCACACACGCUCUGGGGGGAGAGGGCUACCUCAACUUCAUGGGUAAUGAGUUUGGCCACCCAGAGUGGCUGGACUUCCCUAGGAAGGGUAAUGAUGAGAGCUACCACUAUGCCAGACGUCAGUAUAAUCUGCUGGACGCUGACCACCUCCGCUACAGACAGCUCUAUAACUUUGACCGGGACAUGAACCGCACUGAGGACAAGUACGGUUGGCUGGCUGCACCACCGGCGUUUGUGAGUGCCAAGCACGAGGGAGACAAGGUGAUAGUGUUCGAGAGAGGCAACGUCCUGUUCCUCUUCAACUUCCACCCAACUAGGAGCCAGACGAGCUACAGGGUGGCUGUGGCCUUUCCUGGGAAAUAUACCAUCAAGCUGGAAAGUGAUGAAGUGCAGUAUGGAGGCCAUGGCAGACUGGACCACAACACUGAGUUUUUUACUGAACCACAGCCCUUCAACGAGAGAGACCACUCUAUGCUGGUGUACAUCCCCUGCAGGACAGCUCUGAUCCUAGGUAAUGACGAUACAGAGUCCUGUUAUUAGAGCACUACGACUGACGCUCGCUACCAGCAGAAACAGACGGGCGUCAGAUUCAGAUGCCAGCCCAGCUAGUGCCAACCUCACUGUUAUCAGCCAAUCACUGUCCGUUUUUUCAGUGUCAACCAACCACACGCCACUAAUGCCUUCUCCCUCCCUCCCUCCCUCCCUCCCCCCUCCCUCCCCCUUCUCCAUUUACCUUUUGUGGGUUCCUACGUUUUUCAUACACCUUUAACAAUAGUUAGUAGCUAACCAUCGAUGAUCAUAGAUGACCGUAUUAACAUCAGCUGUAACGCAGCAUGGUGUAGAAGGAAGUUUCCCACUAUAACCAAGUCGGGCCUUGCUGAAUAGGGCGUUAUAUGUUACACUAAUAUGAUAUAACACAGGAUUAGGGUUGCAGAAUUCCGGUAAUAUUCCCAAAAUUCCCAGGUCGGAAGAUUUCAGGAAUCAGAGAAGAAUAAGCAGGAAAUCCGGAAUCCUCCAACCAGGAAUUCUGGAAAACCUGGACAUUUUGGGAAAGUUCCUGUAAUUCUGCCACUUACACAGUAUGUAUCAUUGAUAUUUUGAGUCCAUCCACCCACCGCUAGUUUACCAAGCCUUGGUAUGAAAACUGCAACACUUGAAAAGGAACUGUGGUAUGGUAAUGCUAAUAUGCUAACAUAAAGCAUUACUUGUGGUACAGUAAUGCUAACAUGCUAACAUAACGCAUUACUUGUGGUACAGUAAUGCUAACAUAAAGCAUUACUUGUGGCACAGUAAUGCUAACAUAACGCAUUACUUGUGGUACAGUAAUGCUAACAUAAAGCAUUACUUGUGGCACAGUAAUGCUAACAUAACGCAUUACUUGUGGUACAGUAAUGCUAACAUAAAGCAUUACUUGUGGUACAGUAAUGCUAACAUAAAGCAUUACUUGUGGUACAGUAAUGCUAACAUGCUAACAUAACGCAUUACUUGUGGUACAGUAAUGCUAACAUAAAUCAUUACUUGUGGUACAGUAAUGCUAAUAUAAAUCAUUACUUGUGGUACAGUAAUGCUAACAUAAAUCAUUACUUGUGGUACAGUAAUGCUAAUGCAGUUAGCAAUAGUACUACCUUUUCCACUGAUUCCAGGAUGCACAGGCUUGUAAAGAGAUAAUUUGAAAUAUAUAUAGUUUUUUGGAUUUGUGUGCAAUUUAUAUACAAAUAUAGCACGCACAAUUUAAUGCUUAUGAUUUUGUAUUUAAAUGCCAACAAUGUUUUGAAAGUGUUUGUCUAUUUAAAAGGAACAGGACAGAAAAAGAGAUGGGUUACCAGCGCUGCAUUAGAACCAUGUCCUCUGUGUCCCAAAUGGCACCCUAUUCCCUAUGUAGUGCACUACUUUUGACCAGGGGCCCAUCGGGAAUAGGGUCAAAAGUAGUGCACUAUAUAUAAAGGAAUAGGGUGCCAUUUGGGAAACAAACCCAGGAGAUCACUGUGGACGUCAUCGUGUUUUGCUUCAUCAUUGUGGAUCUAUUGAUGCUUUUGUUGAAAUUGUAUUUACAUCGAAAUAAGCUAUCUUUAAUAAUAUAUAAUUUUGUUGACUUAAUCUGGCUUUAGUGGGUUUGUAAUACCUCUGUGGUGUGACGGGUCUUUUAUCAAAGCAGCUAGGGAUCAUGCAUUUUACCUGUUUAUAUAUACUUGUUUGUGUCAGUCAUUUGCAGCUAAAGCCACGUAAUAAGAGCACUGAAUACAGGCAGCCGAUAGCCUGUCUGGUGUGAUGUGUUUGAGUUCAGGCAGCCGAUAGCCUGUCUGGUGUGAUGUGUUUGAGUUAUGCAGGCUUCUGGAAUGGACACGCCAAUCGACAUACAACCAUUAUUAGAGAGGUAGAGUGGCAAAGAAGACUAUGUAACAGUACUGGAUCCUGCUAAAAGACAGGAAACGGGCCGUCCGUAUUCUUAAACCAUUGUCCGUCCUGCACAGCUUACUUCCCCUCUUGUCUAUCCCUUAUACUGUAUGUAGUUGCUUUUACCCCUGACAGAAAUGGAGCUUUGAUUUCAGUGAUAUACAGUAUAUAUAUAUAUAUAUAUAUAUAUUGUUUAACGUUAUCUGCAAAGGUCCAUACUGUCAGCAAUUCUAAGGCUAAAAGACUAUUCUAUUUAGGAAAAGACUAAGAUUGUUCAUGCUCACUGAGUACCUGUAUGUUACCUCCCAAAUGGCACCCUAUUCCUUGUAGUGCACUACUUUUCACCAGCCCCCCCCUUUUGGGGCCCUGAUCAAAAGUAGUGCACCAAACGGGGACUAGGGUGUUGCUUUGGGAUUCUGACUGUGUGGGUGGGGUUAAGGUCAUGUAGCAUCAAAAAUGAAGGAUCACUGAGUAGUAUUUACCAGAGGAUAACUGAAAAGUAUUAGUUAGAUGUAGUGGUUAUUACAUGAAGACUGUUGCCUACUGUAAACCAAAUGACACCCUGUUCCCUUUAUAGUGCACUACUUUUGACCCGGUUCCAUAGAGCCCUGGUCAAAAGUAGUGCACUAUAAAGGGAAUAGUGUGUCAGUUGGGACUCAGCCUGCGUCACUAGUCUGCCUUCACGAGGAUCUCUGCUGUGGUUUUGUGGUUGUGUCCUAACCUCGUCCCCCAUAGCAUUGUCAGGUGAACAAGAUGAUGUUGUAUCCCAAUGCAAUAAUUGUUGAAAAGAGUCAUUAAACUGUAUUAAACCAA